AGUGAUGUUGUGUGCGGCUGUUGCCAUGGUUGAGUCGGCAGUAACAAUGAGCUUCAGUACAGCGAUAGUCAUGUACUGCCGCAGUCUUCUGCUGUUGGCGUUGCUUGAGGCUUGCUGUAGUCUUGAGCUGAAAAGAUCAACGACUGAACACUCUGUCCUGUACCAAUCUGACUUCAUUCCUUCAGAACUGCCUUCCGAAGAACUUUGUUAUGAGGACCUACCAUCGUUGUUAUGCAGCGUCAGAUGUUACGAGAUGUCGCAGAAACCUUACUGUAACAAGACUACACAUCGGUGUAAGUGUGGAUCCUCGGUGGAUCUGGAUCACAACACUCCAGGACAUCACAUAUCCAGUCUUCCCAUGUUUGCCCGCAAUCACUGGACAUCCCUUGACAGGUCUCAACAAAGUAUCCAGGAUACUCGAAGCAAUACGAAAUCACCUAAAGAGCAUCUGUCUUAUAACGACAGUGCAGGGACAAACGUGGAUGGUUCGCCCGAAGAAACUCAUCACUUCACCAUUUACUCCUUAAUUGACAUCAGUAAGAUUUUCGGGUUCAACGAUAAAAACGUCAGUUCCUCAGAAGAUGUCGAUGACGUUGAUACGAAGUCUCUGCCUGAGAACUCCACAGAGACUGCAUUUUUCUCUGGUGAAAAAUUAAGACACGACUGGAGCACCGAGGCUUACACGACCGUCUUGGCUGUGAUCCUUAUUUUCCUACUUAUUCUGUUAUUGGUCUCCUACUACUGCAAGAAGAGGAAGGACCAGAGAAAUGCAGAGAGUAUCUUUAAGACUGUAAAUGUAUCCUCAAAUAAAUGAGAAAUUAUAAGUUAUACUAGAAA